CUUUCUGUCUGUCAGAACUGACAGCCAGCUGAUCAGGACAUAGAGAUGUGAUGAAAGGUCAACCACGCAUGCGCAUCAAGCACCAACCAAAUUUAUUAUUAGUGACAGAUGAGGAAAAUUACACCCAGUUAAGGGAGAAAGACCACCCGAAGGCUGAAGAGGGUAGGAGCAGCACGAAGUCCUUCACCAUCCUUGGCCUCAUCUUCCUCACUUCUGUUGUCAUUUUGGGAGUCGUAUAUCUCAACUUUCCUAACCUCAGGCCGGAGGAAAAGGAGCACAUCAAGUUACCCCGAAAUAUAGACGAUGCCAAAAACCUAGGAAAAGUCUUGUCUCGUUACAAAGAGGACCAUUAUUAUGAAGUUCUUGGAUUUUAUUUUAUUACCUAUGUAUUUUUGCAAUCCUUUGCCAUUCCUGGUUCCAUAUUCUUAAGUAUUUUAUCUGGAUUUUUGUUUCCAUUUCCACUUGCCUUGACCUUAGUAUGUUUGUGUUCAGGCUUAGGGGCCUCUUUUUGUUACCUACUGUCAUACCUGGUUGGCAGAAGAUUAGUCGCCAAGUACAUUCCUGAACGAGUUGCGGAGUGGCAGAGACAUGUAAAUAACCACAGAGAACACCUACUGAAUUACAUCAUCUUCUUGAGGAUAACACCUUUCCUGCCUAACUGGUUUAUCAACAUUACCUCCCCUGUUAUCAAUGUCCCCUUAGUACCUUUCUUCCUUGGGACUUUUAUAGGUGUUGCCCCACCCUCGUUUGUAGCGAUUCACGCUGGCACAACUCUCCAACAGCUGACAUCAUCAGGAGACACACUAUCCUGGACCUCUAUAGCAGUCCUGUCUGGCCUUGCAAUCUUGUCCUUGUUACCAGUCUUCUUCAAAAAGAGGCUGCGUGAGAAAUUUGAAUGAUAGGGGUCUCAUCUUAGUACUGUUGCUGUUGAAAUCUCAAAGCUGCGCAUUUGUAUAUGUCUUUCUGUCUUUUGACGCAUUAACAAGGAGAUUGUUUCAGAGAUUUUUAAGCUGAGCUUUCACUUGGUUGUCUAUCUUUAGUUGGGUCAGGAAGGUUUAAUGGAAGUACUUUUCAGUUUCAUAUUUUUGUGAGUAAUAAAGUGGAAAGUAUUGAUUCAUGCUGACAUAAUGGUAAAACUUUUGUUGUUAUGUUCUGAGUCGUCGGAAGAA